UACACUUCGGUGUGUUAUGUGCAAAUUUUCACUACACGGCCACGUGUAUUGUAAACCGCAGUCAUCGUACUGCGUACCGGGUUCAUCAGGACCACGAUCAACGAUCGCGCCAGUCAUCGCUCAAAGUUUGACCGGAUCGAAUGUUAGUUCUUCUCCUAGAUGUUCUUCGUCCCUUUCGAAAGUGGGAGCGUGUGAUUGUGAAGUGUAAUCCCCGGAAGUAUUAGCAAAUGCGACGAUUGUUUAGCCGUUACAUCAAAGCCCACGGCUAUGCGAUUGCCGUGGCCGCACUUACCUUCGGAUGCAUUUUCGCAUCCGACGUGCUGCAGGCAAACGGCGGUCUACGGCAAGCCCGCUCGCUGGAUGACACCGCAGUCGAUCGAACCAUCAACGCCGCCACCACAGCCGCCAAUCGGGACACAUACUUUCGGAUGCGACCCUUGGGGCAGCUGAUCUUCUCGCUGGUGUGGGUACUGGCCGGGAUCAUCUUUCUCGUCGGGUUACUGUUUGAAAAGAAGGAAACGAUUUUCCCGUUCGCCACCAUUUUCUCCAUCGACUGGAGCGUGAUCCUGAUCCAUCAUUUGACCAGACUGGAGCGGAAAAGUUUUCGGGAACUGGUUCUGUCACCCGAUGCUGUCGUGCUACUCGCGAUUCCCGUGUACGUUGGAUUCACGCUGGCCGCACUGUUCAAGCUAUUCGACGAUCGCCAAUCGGACCGGGAAAACCAGCAUUUUGAAGAUCUAGACAACGAUCGGAAGCCGGUAAAAUUUUCGCUGGGUGACGAAUUCGAUGACAUCCGGAUCAGCUAGCUCGGUGCAGGAGGAGGAGGGGUUGCACAAUCGCACGUGAAAAGACAGCAGCAACCAGUAUUAUGUUAGGUGUACUUCAUUUUGUAAAUACAAAAUCUGCCAAACAAUGAGAAAAA